AUGUAUAUUCUUCAAACAACCACGGCUGUUUUGAUUGCAUUCCUUGCUAUUCUUGCAUACAAUGAAGUUCGGAAUCGUUUGGCGAGAAACUGGUCCAAGAGAAAAGACUUGGAAACACCACACAGUCCUACCAGACCUGUUGCCACCGACAUCAAGCCGUUCAUUCCGGAUUACAUUUUGAACAAGUCUCUUGAUUCCGUUGAACCCGAUGCCAUCGACGAAGAUCUAGCGAGAUUCAAGCAACUCUACUACAAGCUACACAAUCUAGAGCACUACCCCGAAAUUAUACCCGAGUGCCGCGGACUGCUUUUAGAAUUGUUCUCUUCGAUAAUUGCCGACGCAAUCAAGGAACCAGACAACACUAUCCUAUCUGUCGAGCACUUUUCACCCGACAGCUUGAAAGACUUUCUUGCAGCAAAAGAUGCCGAUGUCACCAACCGAUGGGAGGAGUACCUCGCUCGGCGGCGGGGUGGAGAACCGCGUGAGAUGUUCGGAGACAAAGAGGAGGCGAAAUGGUGGCUAAAACAAGCAGCCCCUGUCAAAUACGUGGAUGGUGCUUGGCUUGGACACAUCAACAAGAUUAGCACACCAUUCAAGUACCGUCAGAUUACCAAGAACGCUUGGCAGGUUAUGUCAGAAGAACUGGGAGACGGGGAUAUUGCAAAGAAUCAUGUCCAUGUCUAUCGGGAGUUGAUGGAAGACAUUGAUGCCAGGCUACCUGAGGCCAAUUCGCAGGAUUUCAUUCAUCCCCGUCAUGGAUUGAACGAAGUGCGUUGCUGGAAAGCCGCCAUGGCCCAACUUACCAUAUCUCUCUUCCCACAUGACUUUCUGCCCGAGGUGCUGGGAUUCAACAUGGCGUAUGAGAGUCUACCUCUUCACCUGCUCAAGACUGUCAAGGAGCUCCGUGAACUGCGCCUGAAUCCGUACUAUUUCGAACUCCACAUAUCUAUUGACAAUGCAGACUCGGGCCAUGCUGCCAUGGCCAUGGCCGCAGUGUCCAACUAUAUAAACUUAGUAGCAGAGGAACAAGGCGAAGAAGCGGCUCAUAUUGCUUGGAAACGUGUACAAGCUGGUUACAUUCUCGCCGAGGGCUUACCUACGACACCUGAGAGUCCGUCACUCAAAUCGAAAGUCGAGGAACCAUUCCCCCGCACCGAUACAGAGGCCCAAGUGGUGGCCAUCUUUGCAGCCAAAAGCUCUGUAGCUCACAAAAUUCACUGUAACAGCCGUCUCAAAAUCGGCAGACGCUCCCUCAUAGAUUGGCUCGAACCAAACGCCUUCAAAAACCCAACAUGGCAGCGCGACUUUCUCUACGACAUCAGCAACUGCAAGCCCUGGGUAAUCAAAGGCCACAGUGCCCAAAGCCGACUCAUCAAAGAACUCUCCUGGGAAGGCAAAAUGUUCGGCAGCUUCACCGAAAACGAAGUGGGCAUCGUCUCCGCCUGGAUCAACGAGCUCGCUUCCCCACCAGCCGCCGCACGCUUGGACAUUCUUACCCACUACCCAGUUUUUCGCCUGCAUGAGCAUCUCACUGCGCGCCUGUCGAGCGACCUUGCGAUAAACUGCGUGCCGAGGUUUGAAUUUCGUAAAUUGCAUCUAGGCAGUCUGCUUCCGCUGUGGUUCGCUUCGCCGGCGCUUCUAGAGGGUCUACCGGCCGUGCCUGUCCGCGCGGCGAGCACGUUUGGAUCUGCUGUUGUUCGUGUUUUGCGGGCUCAAGCUGGGUUCAGCGCCGAAGGCGCGGGUGUAGCGGGUAUGGAUGAGGUCCACCGAACUGAUGGUGGCGAGGCGGUUGGCAUCGUGGAACUUGGCUUGGAGUUGUGCCGUAAUGCAGGCGUGAAGCAGCCGUGUAAUUUGCGCAAAGUAGUGUCGCUGGGCGGGUCCGAGUCAGCUGCUUUUGCGGAAUGGAUGGUUGCGACGAGUAUGCGGUGGCUCGUGCAUCGGGACGUCCUUGUUGGUAUGGCUUGGGCGUUUAUGGAACUACAUGAGGCCUGGGCCCAGUGCAAAGGGGAGGUCACGUUGUUAUCUGCCAAGAGCAUGUCGAUCUUGCAGGAGAUUGCGAUUAGAGAGAGGAAGAGCCUUGAGGUGUGUAGGGGCGAGAUAUACCAGGAUAAGCAGCGUCGGGCGGGUUUUCUCCAGGGAGCUGCAAUAGGUCGGAGAGCCAUUGAGUCAUGUUUCACACAAGAGGAAGACGAAGUCACUCAAAGGUAG